CUUAUUCUUAUCGUUGUUUAUUAUAUUGUCAUCGACUAGUAUCUAUUCUUCCAUCAUCCAUUACUAUUUUUAUCAGGAACAAUCAAUGAAAAACUCUCAUCUGUGCAUAUAUAGUUAUUUUUUUUUCUUGGUCGAUAAAGAUGGAUGCUCUUUAUUGGUAAUACUCAAGAAGCUUAUUCCCUCUACCAUAAUGUAUGGCGUCAAUCCAUAAAAUUGUAUCGAAACAACAAUCAUGAAUGCCAACAAGCUAUUGUCAUAGGUGGUGGUGGUGUGUGUCUCGACCAUAAAUCACGAUACCAACAACAACACUCUCAGCAUCGAUCUACACGUUUUUGUGACGAAUCUUCUUCCAACAUUAAGAAAUCAGUUCGACAUCUUCCCAAUAAGGUUUACUACGAACUUCAUUGCUCAGAUACUGAUAUCAUAUGUGAUCAUGUCAACAAUACUGUCAAUGCAGCUACAGAAAUCAUAUCGUCUAUUAUUCAACUCGAAACUCCUCUUUAUGUCAACAUAUCUUAUUUUUCAUUUUGUGAUCUCUAUGAAGAAUGCACCAUUAACAAUGAUGAAGUAUCCAUUGGACAAGCUUAUCCAUCUGUUUCCUAUUUGAUGACCGAUGGAAGCGAUAAUAUGACUCGUAUGUAUCCUCAAGCUACUUUGAAACAAUUCACCCAUCUCAAACCAAAACCUCAAUGGCUCGAAUUUGAUAUUAUCGCUGAAUUUAAUGGAGAUAAUAACUGGUACUUUGUCGAUGAUUCAUCUGCUAUUUCAUCUGAUCAAAGUGAUCUACUUCGUACUAUCCUUCAUGAACUAGUACAUGGCCUAGGUUUUAUAAGCUCUUGGUCCGACGACUUAUAUCAACGAUUUCAACCCUAUGUAGACGGCUUGAUACCUUUCCUUACACCGAUGCUUCUCACACCACCAAAACAACUUGAAUCUAUCAUGCAAAAUGAAAAUACAGAUGAAGGAAAUCAACCGUUUUGGGGUUUUGUGGAAUUACCUAUGGAUAAAUAUUUGAAAUAUCAUUCUGUACCACUGUCGACCAUCACCAACAUUUUGAAUAACUGGGGUAAUGCCAACAUCUUGUACAACAGUAUUUAUGAUAUGGUCAAUGCAUGGGUAGAUUCUAAUCUCAGUGUAUACGCUCAAUCAGUAUAUUAUGGUUCUAUUACUAUUCAAGAUAUUCUCCUUGUCUUUCCAAAUAGCAAUAAUACAGUGACAAUGGAAACUUCCCUGGUACCUUUUACGGAUGGGUCUACUUUAUCACAUGUGGAUUACUCUUCUUAUCACAAUAGUGCUGAUUACUUGAUGACAUAUACUACGAAACCUGGUGUCUCUAUUGCAUCAAUGAAUCAAGCGUUUUCUACUGGUCCUCUUGGUCCUAAUUUAUUACAAUCUCUUAGUUCCCUUGGCUACCGAAUACACUCACAAUCAUCAUCAUCAACCAUUCGUCCACCUUUAACGUAUUGGAAUCCACCUUCUGGUUUAGUGGGUACAACUGACAAUCCAAGUGCAAGUGCAAGUAUAGUCCCUAGUGGUCCUGCUCGUCCUCCACCAUCAUCAUCCUCUUCAACAGCGCCUUCUCAUUCAUCUUCAACUGCAUCAUCUCAUUUGGGCCUAUUCGGUUAUUUUAUCAAAUCUCAUCCUUUUUUGACCUCCAUUCUUUUAGUCAUUUGGUCUAGAAUAGUGUUUCUUUAGCAUCAUCAUCCAUUUUUUUUUAUUAGUAUUACUUUUUUUUUUAUUGUUAUCAUCAUUAUUAUUAGUAUUGUUAUUUCCUGUGUAUAGUUACUUUCUUUUAACAUUACUCCUUCUUGUACAAAUAUAAUAAAAUAUCACCAUUAUCAUUCUCA